AUGGCUGCCAACAAUUCGGACCAUGCUCGAAUCCGCCGACCUCUUAAUCACGCCUUCUCCGAGCAAGCUCUCCGAAGCCAGGAAAGUAUCAUCACCUCAUACAUCAACCUCUUGAUCGAGAAGCUACGCCAACGAGCCGACUCUCAAACUCCCGUCGAUAUCACGCGCUGGUUGAACUUUACGACAUUUGACAUAAUCGGCGACCUGACGUUUGACGAAUCGUUCGGCGCACUAGAUAAAGAAAUGUAUCACUCUUGGAUGGUCAAUCUUUUCAAAGCCCUAAGAUUCGCUGGUAUCGUUCACAUCAUUAAGCGCUAUCCCAUCAUCGGGGUUCCUGCUACGCGCUUGUUGAAGUGGAUGCCUGCAUUGGCGAAAGCAGAGUUCGAGCAUAACAACUUCACCGAAGAGAAGACCGCAAGGAGGCUGGCAUCCAAAACUGAGCGUAAAGACAUUCUCAGUUAUGCUGUCAAAAACAUCAAGGGGGAAGUAACGGAUCUGGAGCUCAAGCAUACUUGUGGCACUAUCAUACUUGGAGGUAGCGAGACUUCUGCAACGCUUCUGAGUGGUGCAAUUUACCACCUUCUCAAAAGCCCAGCUUGGAUGGAGAAGCUCCGCCAAGAGCUCGCAGCUACCUUCAAGUCCGAAAGCGAGAUCUCCUUUGCAUCUUUGAGUCAGCUCAAAGUCCUCAACGCUGUCAUCCAAGAGACCUUCCGAAUCUAUCCGCCGGCACCAUCAGCGCUUCCUCGGGUAGUACCACCUGCUGGUGCAGAAGUCUGUGGCGAUGCUCUACCACCUGGCACGCAAGUCGGUAUCUCGCAAUAUGCCAUGUACCAUACUUCGUCUCAUUUCACUGAUCCCAAAGUGUACGCACCAGAACGCUUCCUCGGCGCUGAAGAGUAUGCAAAGGACAAGCGUCACGUCAUUCAGCCCUUCAGUAAUAACUCUUCACAACCACAACCACGAUCCGGAUAUGACUACGUUAAUCCUCUCAUUGGCACAAUCAAUGGAGGCCAUGUGUUUCCUGGUGCUACACUGCCAUUUGGAAUGGCCAAAGCGGGGCCAGAUGUGAUAGGCGAGAACCAAGGAGGGUUCUCUUCUAACGACUCAGAACCGAUCUAUGGAUUUUCUCACAUGCACGACUCGGGAACGGGUGGUUCACCGUCGCUUGGUAACUUCCCAAUAUUCGCCCAAUCCGGGUGUGUAAAUGAUGAUAUCAACGGCUGUCAGUAUUUCAAGUCUGAACGAGCCGUUGAGCGCAUACCCGGAAGUGUUCAUGCAAGACCUGGUUACUUUGAUAUCACACUAGCCAACAACAUCAGGACUGAGUCAACUGUUACAAAUCGCACAUAUCAGUCGUACUUCUGCCUGGACUUCAAUGGUGCAAAAGUCAAAGAAGCUGGCGUAUGGUCCAACACGCGCGCGACAAACCGAGCAACAAGCCUACGGAUAGCUCCCAGCGAUGUACGACAAACACCCAGUAACACACCAGCAGGUGGAUGGGUACAAUUCGAGAAGCCUACCCAAGACAAUCAGAUCCAUGCGCGGGUUGGAAUGAGCUUCAUUAGCGAAGAGCAGGCAUGUUCCAACGCUGAACGUGAGAUACCUUCAUGGGGGUUCGACGACAUUGCUGCCGCUGCUGAGACUGCAUGGCGUUCCAAGCUUGAUGUCAUCACCGUCGAAGAUGGCGGUGUCGAUCAAGUCUUCCUUAACGCUUUCUGGAGCGGCGUUUACAGGUCAAUGAUCAGCCCCCAAGAUUACACUGGAGAAAAUCCACUCUGGAAAUCUGACGAACCAUACUACGACUCCUAUUACUGCAUCUGGGAUAGUUUUAGAUCCAUUCAUCCUCUGAUCACACUUCUAGACCCACAUAGUCAAACGCUUAUGAUACGAAGUUUACUCGACAUCUAUCGUCAUGAAGGGUGGCUGCCCGAUUGUCGCAUGAGCCACUGCAAGGGUUUCACACAAGGAGGCUCAAAUGCAGAUAUCGUUAUUGCGGAUGCAUACUUGAAGAACAUUACUGCUGGUAUCGACUGGGUGUUAGCAUACGAGGCUGUCGUCAAGGACGCAGAAGUCGAGCCACCAAACUGGGAUGUUGAAGGCCGUGGUGGUCUCGUAUCUUGGAAAGAGUUAGGCUACAUCCCUACCCAAAAUCUCGACGUCGAAGGCGUGGGUACAGAGACUCGCUCUAUCUCUCGGACUGUAGAAUACGCCUACAACGACUUUGUCAUCGCUCUUCUCGCCCGCGAACUCGGCAAUACAGCUGACUACCAGAAGUACCUCGGCCGCUCUGGUAACUGGCACAAUAUGUUCAAAGCCGAUCAACGUAGCAUUAUUAAUGGUACUGAUACCGGGUUUGAAGGUUUCCUGCAGCCUCGAUACCUGAACGGCACAUGGGGCACUCAAGACCCGAUCUUUUGUUCCCCACUACUCAACUUCACUGGCUGCUACCUAAAUCCUAGCGGAGGCGAGACCUACGAAGGUCCAGUGUGGCUAUACACUUUCUUUGCUCCUGGAGAUAUGGCGACUCUUAUCCAAACCCUAGGAGGACGCGAGCGCUUCGUUGAGCGUAUGAACUGGCUGCACGAGUCCGGUGUCUUGUAUCUUGGAGAUGAACAGGCUUUCCUCAAUGUCUUCCUAUACCAUUACGCUGGACGUCCUGCUCUCUCGGCUGAACGCGCCCAUCAAUACAUUCCCUCGUUGUUCAACGAUACCGUCGUUGGCAUACCCGGCAAUGACGAUAGUGGCGCCAUGGGAUCUUUUGAGGCUUUCGUCAUGAUGGGAUUCUUCCCCAAUGCUGGACAAGAUGUUUACUUUAUCAUACCACCUUUCUUCGAGUCCAUAUCUAUCAAGAACGGCCAAACGGGCAAUACAGCAACAAUCCGCAACAUCAACUUUGACCCAGGUCAUAAAAAUAUCUACAUCCAAUCGGCUACCCUCGAUGGUGUAUCUUACACGCGCAACUGGAUCCAGCACAACUUCUUCUUGGAAGGUGGUGUCCUCGAGUUGACACUAGGUCCCCAGGAAAGUGGCUGGGGAAGGGCGCCGGAAGACGUGCCCCCUAGCCUAGGACCCUUCGCAAACAACACCAUGCCGGAAAAUGGAUCAGUCGUUGCGGAUCGGAGGUGGACGAUGCCGAGGAUGCAGUUUGAUUUCGCUGGUAGUCAAUAG